CCACCACCAUGCCCCGGCCCCGAGCGCGAUCCGGAGCGCGAUCCGCGGCGACAGCGCAGCCCCGGCGGCGACCCGCGCCCCUGCACCGCUCUCAGAUGCUGCUGCUGCUGCUGCUGCUCCUGGUCAUCUCGUGGCCGCCGCCGGGCGACGCCGAGCUCCCGGGGCCCUCGGACGCCCACUGGGCCCCCGACCCCGACGCCCACAGGGUCCAGGAGCUGAGGAGGCGCUACGAGGAGCUGCGGGCCAGGCUGCGGGUGGAGCGGCGCGGGCAGGACCCGGCGCUCGUCCCCGCCCCUGCCGUGCGCAUACUCACCCCGCAAGUGCGACUCGGGUCAGACGGCCACGUGUACCUGCGCCUCUCCCGGGCUUCCCUGACAGAGGGUCUCCCCGAGGCCUACCGCGUGCACCGGGCCCUGCUCCGGCUGUCCCCGACAGAGCCCAAGUCGUGGGACGUGACGCGGCCGCUGCAGCGUCAGCUCAGCCUUAGAGGAUCCCGAGCGCCCACGCUACAUUUGCGAUUGUCGCCGCCUUCGGACCGGUUGUUGGCACUGUCGCCAUCCGCACGGUCCCAGCUGGAACUGCAUUUGCGGCCACGCGCCGCCAGGGGGCCCCGCAGCGCGCGUGCAGGCGCCGGGGACGACUGCCCGCUCGGGCCCGGACGCUGCUGUCGCCUGCAGACAGUCCGAGCGACGCUGGAGGACCUGGGCUGGACCGAAUGGGUGCAGUCGCCGCGCGAGCUGCACCUGAAGAUGUGCGCGGGCGAGUGCCCCAGCCAGUACCACGCCGCCAGCACGCACGCGCAGAUCAAGGCGCGCCUGCACGGCCUGAAGCCCGACGCCGUGCCCGCGCCCUGCUGCGUGCCCUCCGGCUACGAGCCCAUGGUCCUCAUGCACAAGACUGACGGCGGCGUGUCGCUCAAGACCUACGACGACAUCCAGGCCAGAGCCUGCCACUGCGCAUGAGCAGCCCUGGGCCUCACCUUAGUCCGCGCCUGCGCAUCGGAGGCGGCCUCAGGGUCCCGCCUGUGGAAUGGGCCCGCGGGUCCUGAGAGGAGAUUCCUUCCCUCCCCUUCCCCUCCCGCCCUAACAGCUGUAUUUAUGACUGUAUUUAUUAUUAACUUAUUGGGGUUAUCUGCUGGAAACGGGUCGCUUGGUGGAAUGUCUAUUUAUUUAAAACUCUGGGAAUAAAAAUGGAGCUGUCUGAA